CUUGCACAUUGAUAUCAAGUCAAAGAUGGCGACUUCACAAGUCUAGUCACCGAAUGCGCAAGUCAUUGGUUGGCGACGUUACUAGGUGCUAAAUAGCAUAAAACGGAUUUAAAGAGCUACGUUGCUGGACUCACUGCUUCAUACAUUCAUUGUACAAGAUGUCCAUGAGUAUGCUAGUAGUACCAAUUCCAAGGUGCCGAGCUUUAGUUGUGGCACGAUGUUUGUCAUUGUCGGCGAAAAGAUUCUCACCAGAACCAGGAUUCAAAUACACAGAGUUCAUUCAUCGUGGUAACUCCACACCACCUCGUAUAGCUGGAAGAAAAUGGCUGCCGGGUUCAACAUUCGUUGGAAACAAACUUCCUGAAUUUCUGGCUCCUCCACGGAAAAACCUUCCUGCUGUUUACGAUGCCAUCUUUGCUGACAAAGACGGGCCGAAAUACAUUGAGAUGUGGGCCGCCAAGACACGUGCUGUUCUUGACGAGAAACUUCAUGUUUUUGGAACGAUAUUAUUCAAGGGACUUCCACUCCACAGUGUAGAUGAUUUUUCGACAUUUUCAAAAUGCCUUGGUUACCAGUUCGGCAGUUAUAAAGGUGCUGGUGGAGAAAGACACGAGGUGGCCGAGUAUGUCCAAACUGCAACUGAUGCUGAGAAGUCGAUAUUUACCCUAGAACCACACAAUGAAAUGGCGUACACCACUCAUUACCCACUGAAGAUAAUGUUUUAUUGUGAUGUUCCGCCGCAUGAAGAAGAUGAUGGUGAAACCGUUAUAUGUGAUGUAAGAGAUACAUUGCCAAAGCUGGACCCUAAAAUUGUGGAAAAGUUUGAAAGACUUGGCAUUAAAUAUAGCAACUAUAUUUCAAACUCUUCAGAGAAGCAAUACAGAUGUAUUUCAAAUGUGUUUGGUACAACUGACAAAUCAAUAAUUGGAAAGUUCUUGGCAGAUCACGAUUAUGAAUAUAAAUGGGACGAUGAUGGAUCUUUAUCCUACUGGAUUACGUUGCCAGUUUUUACGAUACAUCCGAAGACUGGUGAAAAGAUAUGGUUCAACCAAGCCUCGUCAUAUCAUGCGUCAUACUUACGUGAAAAUCCUGUCUAUGAAGGCAUGGAUUAUCUUCCUGACAACAAGCUGUCUAACACAUGUUGCUAUGGCGACGGCAGUGAAAUUGAGCCAGAGGUAGUGCAGCAUGUCCGUGACGUUAUCUGGCAAUCGUCUGUCGGAUUUCAAAUGAAGAAAGGAGAGAUUUUAGUUUUCGAUAAUUUAUAUUCUCAGCACGGCAGAAUAGGGUAUACCGGUGAACGUAAAUUGUAUGUGAAUCUAAUCGCAAGUUAAGAGUAUGAAGUGUGUUCUCUAGGUGCUGUGUAAUCGACUAGCGAAUUAGCUGUAAUUUAAAUGAAGACAACAAUCCAACACAUUCCCGGUGAUUUUUUUUAAAAAAACACUAUUUUGUUAGUUAUAUGACACACAGCAACACAAUACAGCAAAUAGUACCACGUUCAUAGAAAAGUGAAUGUAAUUAAAUGCUAUAUAGAUGAUCAAAAAGGCACAGUAUCCAUGGGUGUGACCAACAUCAUGGUAUUGAUUUAUGGAUGCCGGCUAUACCGAUAUGUCAGUCACACAUGUGAAAACAAUGUUAGCAAUAACACAGUAAACAAUAUAAUAAUGUAACAGUGAAUGUAAAUACAAAUUUUCUUUUAUUGAGAUGGCUAGUAUAUAUAUGUUAUGUCAUAACUCUCGUGUAGUUAUCAUAAAAUAUUUUAUGAUUUAUCACGAUUUUACUAAGCAAAGAUGGAUUUUAAUGUCAGGAUAUGUAAUGCUUACAAUGAAAUUGAUGAUGAUAUGUUGCAGCUAGUUCACUGACACGUUAUAUGUUUCGUGUACAUUUAAUACAACAUUAUAUAGAAUAGAAUCGCAUCUUGAAUAAUAUAUAUAUAUUGACUGUUACUUUGAAAUAUGGUGUAUCAUUCAAUUGAUUGGUAUAAUAUCGUUAAAUACAAAAUCAAUUGCACAAUUAGUUAAAACCAUAAAAGGUAUAAUUUGCAUUUCAAUUUUCGUAGAAUAUUGGUUCACGGUUAGCAACAUAUAUUUCAGUACAGGGAUUAAUUGAUUUCUACUACCCAUUCCACCACGUGUAUACCGUGGAAGUAUAUAAAUUAAAAUAUUAGUAGCAUCAACUACAUUGUGUUAGUUUGAAUAAAAUUAUAUUAUUAUUAUUA